GAAGAUGAACUCAAAACCAUAAAAAAACUGGUCCCAUAAAUCGGCAACUUGCAAAUUCUCAGCUGACCUGAUCCUCCAUUCCUUGAACAUAAUUAAGAAUUAAUUAAUGGAUAUAAUUUCAAUCUCAUCCUCUCUAUUUAUAUCCAAAACCUUAUCUAGCAAUUUUCAUACAAUUCCAACUUUCUUCUUUGUCUUGGUGGUCUUACUUUUGCCCUUUGAUAAGCACAUUUUGCAUAGAUGGAGAUGAGGUGGAGGAAUAUUUGUGUUCAAGGAGCUAUGCUUGGAUUACUGCUGCUUUGUUUUUCCUUGCUGGUUUCAGGACAAACACUUGACCCUCUUGAAGUGAGUGCAUUGAAAGCAAUUCGUCGUAAACUCAAAGAUCCAUACAAGAACCUUUGGAAUUGGAAGAAGAAAGACCCUUGUGAAAAUGAAUGGACAGGUGUAAUAUGUACGGAGGAUGAUGACCAGGAUGCUUAUCUCCAUGUUCAAGAAUUGCGGUUGCUUAAUUUGAAUCUCUCUGGAAAGUUAUCCCCUCGAAUUGGCAAUCUUCCUAAUCUGACUAUAUUGAAUUUUAUGUGGAAUAAUAUAAGUGGCAGCAUACCGAAGGAGAUAGGAAAUUUAACUAAUUUGCAGCAACUGCUCUUGAAUGGAAACCAAAUAUCUGGUCCCUUACCAGAGGAGCUUGGUUAUCUCCCUGAAUUAGUUAUGUUUCAAGUGGACCAAAAUCAUAUUUCAGGGUCAAUUCCCAAAUCAUUUUCAAAGCUGAAAAAAGUUCAGCACUUUCACUUCAACAACAACUCACUCAGAGGUCAGAUUCCAUCUGAGCUUUCUGAAAUACCAGAAAUAAUUCAUAUCUUGUUGGACAACAACAAUCUAUCAGGGUAUCUUCCACCAGAGCUGGGGCAAAUAGAAAAAUUGAGGAUUCUUCAACUUGAUAACAACAACUUUGGGGGGUCAAUAAUUCCAGAUUCUUAUGCAACCAUGCCAAAUUUGGUGAAAUUGACUCUUAGGAACUGCAACUUGCAAGGGAAAGUUCCUGAUUUUAGCCGUAUUCCAGGCCUUCUUUACUUAGAUCUUAGCUCAAACAAACUUGAAGGAAAUAUACCAACAAACAAGUUUCCUGUCAACAUCACAACAAUUGAUCUGUCAGGAAAUAUGCUUAUUGGAUCCAUACCCUCAAACUUUUCAGGCCUUCCUGAACUCCAGAUAUUGUCACUCCAACACAAUCGGUUGACUGGCGAUGUUCCCUCUACUAUCUGGGAGAAUAUGACAUUUAGUAGUGCAGAUGCCACACUUACCUUAAACUUUGAGAAUAACUUUCUCCAGAAUAUCUCAGGCAGCUUAAAUCAUCCUUCAAACGUCACCAUUUUGCUUGCAGGUAAUCCUGUUUGUGAAAGUGCAAAUGAACUAAAGAUAACGCAGUUCUGUGGACUUGGAGAUGGAGAUCUUGUGGAGCCUCCUGGAAACUCAAGUAGCUCUCAGGAUGAAUGCGAACCUCAAAUUUGUGUGGCCGAACUGUUCUUUGAAUAUGCCCCUGAUUAUCCUUCUUGUUUCUGUGCUGCACCUAUUGAAGUUUGGUUUCGGUUGAGAAGUCCUAGCAUGACAAAUUUCAGACCUUUUGUUGAUUUUUUUAAGGCAUACUUAACAUCCGAUCUUGGAAUGGAAAUUUAUCAACUGGUUGUCGGUGGGUUUGAUUGGCAAAGAGGUCCUAAGCUCAUAUUGCACCUCAAAUUCUUUCCUAAGUUUUCAAAUGAUUCUCAUAUAUUCAGUACAAAUGAGACCAGACAUCUUAUUGAAAAAUUUACUAAAAAUGAUAUUCAUCUGGACAACUUCUUCGGGCCGUACGAUCUCCUCAAUUUUAAUUUAGGACACUAUGAUAAUCGUACUGGCAUGCCUCCAGAAUCAGGUAUGAGCAAAGGCAUCAUUGCUGCAAUUGUGCUGGGAUCUAUCUCUUGUGCAGCUACUUUGCUUUUUGCUAUUGUAUUUAUUUACAAUAAAACUCACCCCACAUUCCAACGAAAAGUUUCGAAGAACCAACCUUUUCCAAAGAAUCCUAUCAAGUUUGAAGGUGUUAGAAGAUUUAGUUUUCAAGAGCUCGAAACAGCAACAGACAGCUUCAAUAUUACUACCCAAGUUGGCCAAGGAGGCUAUGGAAAAGUUUAUAAAGGCAUUCUAGCUGAUGGAACAAUUGUAGCAAUUAAACGUGCUCAACAAGGAUCGAUGCAGGGUGAAAAAGAAUUCUAUACAGAGAUAGAAUUGCUAUCGCGAGUACAUCAUCGUAAUCUGGUUUCAUUGGCUGGAUAUUGUGAUGAAGAAGACGAGCAGAUGUUAGUAUAUGAGUUUAUGCCAAAUGGUUCUCUUCAAAGUCUUCUCUCUGCUAGAUUCCAAAGUUCUCUUGGCUUUUCUAUGAGAUUGCGCAUAGCAUCGGAUUCAGCAAAGGGAAUUCUCUACCUUCAUACAGAAGCUGAUCCACCAAUAAUACACCGUGAUAUAAAAGCAAACAACAUAUUGUUGGACUCCAAGUUUACUGCAAAAGUUUCAGAUUUUGGAAUCUCAAAGCUUGCACCAGUAUCAGAUGGAAAAGGAGUUGGAAUAGAGCAAAUAUCCACAGUUGUGAAAGGCACACCAGGCUACCUUGAUCCAGAAUAUUUCUUCACUAACAAGUUAACAGAGAGGAGUGAUGUUUAUAGCCUUGGAAUUGUAUUUCUUGAACUCUUGACAGGAAAGCCACCUAUAUCUCACGGUAGAAACAUUGUUCGCGAGGUGAUUACAGCAUGUCAAUCUGGGGAGAUGUUGUCCAUUGUAGACAAGAACAUGGGUCCAUACGAUCCAGAAUGCCUCAAGAAAUUUAUGGAAUUGGCCUUAAAGUGCAGUCAAGAGGUGACAUCAGCACGGCCUUCAAUGUUGGAGGUGGUGAGAGAGUUAGAGAACAUAACUUCAAUGCUUCCAGAAUCUGACUCCUCCAUUCCAUCAGAAAUUGAUGGCUCUUCUUCCUCGGGGAUGCCAUCAGGAUAUCAACCGACACCACUCUAUUAUUCAGAAGGGAACGGGGUGAACACAAAUAACAAUUUAUUUUCUAAUGUUUACACCGGAAGUGACCUUGUUAGCGGUGUCAUCCCCACAAUUAAGCCUCGUUAAUGACACUGUGAUGAGUCUAUGUGGCAUUAAAUUAAUUAGUGAAGAGAUGAGUAAGCAUUCCUUUUAAACGACAUGUCGCUGAUCUGUUGUGGGUCAUAUAACCAGCUUGCACGUGGGAUGCCUUUAUAGCUUGGUUUACUUUGAUCUAUGGCUAGAAGCUUUGUAUCCAUCUUGGCUAUCACUUUGGUUUUGCUAGAAAGCAUAUCUGAUUGGUUUUUAUCUCCAAUAUAUAUCUCUGAUUGUGUUGAAUGAUUCAAGUGUUUUGGAUAUAUAUAUAUAUAUAUAUAUAUUUCUGGUCGGUGAAGCUGAUUGGCCCUAUUGCUUGUGUAUGUUGCUGGUUUGGUGUUAAAUCACCUUGAGAUAGAUUUCGAUUAGGCAUCGAAAUCAUCGGGUAAUCUAGAACUACAGCUUCCAUAAGUAUCGAAAUCCUUUGGAUACUCUCCAAAUUCCCUCCACAGACACCGACCAUAAACUUUCUCUUAAAUGGUUAAUUAUCUAAGCUUAGUAUUUGUGCAGCAGAAAUUCGAACUCUUAUGGAGUUGUUUUUUUGUUCUAUCAUUCUAAUUUAUUAAAACUUUCUUUAGUCUUAGAGAAAGCAAAACUGAAAGAAAAAACUUUCUUAUAAUAUAUAGAUAUGUUUUAACGUAUCUAGUAUCAUUUUUAGCGACUGAAGAGAAGACGUCUGUGCAGUUGCUUUCUUAUCAAAGAAAUUUUUGUACAACUUUGAACAAAACUACUAAGAAAGUGAUAUAUAUUUUUCUAUUUUGCAACAUGUUUAUAAAAA